CUUUAUUGGUUUGAUAAAAUUGAACCACUUUCAUCACAUAUCCAAAAAAUUAGCAAGCAAAUUUAUGUACCUGGUUCGCAUGUUGCAAUUGAUGAAAUGAUACGGUUUUCUGGACAUAGUAAACAUACGUUUAGAAUGAAAAACAAACCUAUUUCUAAAGGAUAUAAGGUUAUUUUCUUGUGUGAAAAGGGUUACACAUAUUUAUUUACAUAUGAAUCCCAUAUUGAAGCAAACAAAGAAGUUUCAAACAUUUUCGGUCUUAAUAAAACUGGAUCUCUUGCAUUAUAUCUUGUUACUCAAUUAUCUAAUAGAUAUGGUGCUUGUGGUAUGGUGCGAACCAACUCUGCACAAUUUCCUAAGGAAUUAAAAGUUGAAAAAUCGAUUCGGCUAAACUGGGAUAUUUUAUCUGGUGUAGUUGUUAAUAAUGUUUUGGCAAUUUUUUGGAUGGACAACAGACCUGUUCAUAUGCUUUCAACUAUUCAUGGCAUCAAAGGUAAUGAGUGGAAAGUGUUAAGUUUACGUCAACAUCUACGAGAAACAAGCUCAAAUGUGAGUAAUGUGCAAAAAGUUUUUGGUAAUGAAGUUCACAAGGAAAUUUUAAUUCCAAAAGCCAUUAAUGAUUAUAAUCAUUUUAUGAAUGCUCCUUGA